AUAACGCGCGACUCGAUUGCAGAAAUUCACCUUUGAUUCACCUCGAUCCCGAAGGAGACAUGCGGGCCGCCAGACGGGUCUUGUCACUUACCCAGCCCUCUUCAUCCGGCAACAGCAAAUCUCUCCACGUUCAUUUGCACCAAGUCGACAUCUUGCACAGCAUCUGUCCCGAUCCGCAUCGACUGCACUUGCAUCACCCACCUCGGCAUCCCUCGCCAGCGUAAACCCCAGACAAACGCAGUCCGACACAGCAAUCAGCAGCUCGACCGAGUUCCACCAUUGCGCCUUGGAGUGCCUGACCCUCCAGAGCAAGCGCUCCUCCAGCUGAUGGCCGUGUCGCACGUCAAGUCCACUAUUGGCGGUUUCCACCAGGAAAUCUGCCAGGGCAACCAACCAUAGGCGAAGCCGUACCGACAUACGACCUUUCUAUCACUGUCCCCGUGAUCAUGACCGGCAAGGAGGUUAUCAAACUCACCACCAAGGAUGAUGCAGAGGCUGCACUCGUGGCCGCGCAUUGCGACUUCGAGUUUGUCGACGACUCUGGUCAACGACUCAGUUUGAAAGAUGCGUACCACUCCGACAAGGGCGAAGACAGGUCGAGCGUGGUUGAGCAGGCCCUACAACAAGGUCUUGCUGCACAGCUACGAGAUAUACCUGCUACAAUGCAGAUGCUGAAAGAACUGUAUGCCUUGGCGAAACAGCAGCGUGGCAGUACUCAAGGAUUGACGACCAAAGACAUUCUUGACGUUCUGGAGGUGCUAUUCUUCGCGAGCGCUGGACGAGCUGCUUACCGCCACCUGUUGCUCCAUCAGAGUACGAACCUAUCAGCCAAACUAAACCGUGCCUUCAGAGUCUCAUCUCAUCAGGCGGUCACUGGAAAGCUCAGAAAGGUUACGCUGUCGGCAGUUGUUAGCCUCAUGCGCGUGGAACCGGCCGCUAUGUCUGGCGUUACGACAUCUUGUCUUCGCGACCAAGCUAUCGAUAGUCCCUCAUAUGCGAAUGACCUCUUGGUCAAGCUAUGGGAAGCGCUUUUCAGUGAACAAGAAAUGCCUCGAGCUCAGAUGCGUGCUUUGCUGGAGACGGUGGAUCGAGUUCUCGCAUCAGGUAUUGCCCCCAAUCUGCGCAUCAUGAUGUUCACCGUUGCGUCACUUCUCAGCCCACGUCGAUACUACGCCGUCGGAGAAUCUUCCGUUCUGCAAAGCCUGAAAGAGGCGCAGACGGCACAGUGGCUCGCAGAUGGAGUCGUGGGAGCAGAGUUGCAGACGGCAGAUAUUGAAGAUGUAGCGCUGCAAGAUUUCCCCAAGCUCGACAUACGGGACGACUCUGGUGAUUUCCUUCCCCAAUUUGACGGAGAGAUGCACGAAUUCGACGCCGAAGAAGCUAGGGCUUACUCUGAGCGCACAUCACGACAUCCGAAUCGUAAGAUCACCGAUGUCGAUGAGAUUGUCGAAAACAAACUUCACGCUCAAAAGCAAGUCUUUGAGGCGAUCGUCACCAUGCCUGUGACCACCGGCGGCACUUCGGAUGACACGCUGAAGGUCAAAAUGGCUGCUGAUUUCGGUGCUUUUCUGAUAAAGCAUUUUGACACAAGCGAAAGACGCCAUCUUGCAAUAUCAGCUCUCGCUAUCAACAUCGUUGAGGUGCUAUGCGAGUACUAUCUGCACGGCCUGGAUUUGCUCGAGACCAUCAACACCCAAUAUCCGGCAGAGUUGACCUUCAGCGCGAAAGAGUCCUUGCAAGAGAUCCUGGACGGCCUGUUAACAAACAAGAAAGCUUGUAUGAACUUGCUCAAAGGCGGCCGCGAGGCGAUCAAGGAACUUGUAGUGAUUCCAGCCACCACAGGUUGCAAGAACUUCAAGUACAAGAAGAGCAAUGGCGCGAAGCAGGCCACUCACGAAGCGCUCAAGCAGGCGGUAGCAGAGUCCACCAAGGCUAGCGGCGCAACCAAAGGCAGCAUGAAAACCUCAACCAAUGCAAAGACGCCUCGCGGUGGCAGCGAGAGUGAGCAAGUCCACUCCACAGCAGCUCAAGCAUCUUCAUCUGAUGGCUGGAUCGCCUAUACGCCAAAGGACCCUCAACAUGCGACGAUACAUCAAACUGCUACACCAGACACUGGAUUGCAAAACGCUGGCACCAACGGUACGGAGAACCACGAACAGCAGGCUUCCCGGAAGGGUAAGCGAUCUCUUUACACGUAUGAGCGAGGCUCCGUCUUUGAGCAGAUCGUACCUCCACAUAAGAGACAGCAGGCUUCUGGCAAGCUUGCAUCGCCAGCCGUCGCUACCAACGUAGAGACCGUGUUGCUCACCCCACUGCAGUCUGACGAGGGUCCGACUGAAGGCGAUAAUACUCGCCACGAGUCGACUGGUCAUCCAGCUCCCCACACCUCGCACGCCCCAGCAGGACGUACUCCAAGCGAUUUCGAUCUUGGGGCUGAAGAGACGGCCCCACACCAAGGUAUCAUUCACGGUAACCCCCCGUCCAUCUAUCCUACUGAGCCUCUCCUACCGGACUCGAACCUAUUGAAUUCAUCUGGCGUUACGCACGAGAGGUUUUCCGCCUUCACCAACCUAGCUAACGAGCCGGACGGUAUGGACGACUAUUUCAGUCCAAUCGGUGCAUUCAAGGACGAGAAUGGCAUCUGGUGGGUCCAAGGCCCUGAUGGUGUCCCGCGCGACCCAUUUGGGAUGUUUUGAGGUCGGGAAAGACAGAGUUGGGUGCGCACGCAUAAUGUCGUACCACGGUAGAGGCAUCUGAAACAUCGGAGUUCACAUGUGUUGAACAGACUGCAGACUUCAAGGAACGAGGAUCAGAUAUCGCGACUUGCACAUUCGCUUGAGGAGUGGCGCUAGACAGGGACCUGAAAAAAGAGCAGUUGAUCGCAUGACGUGUGGUUUACGAUUAGCAAGAAUGCGAGAAGGUGCAAGUUUCUGGCGCCCAGGCUGCCCACCGCGGCGGUUCGGCUAGGUAGCAUUGCAAAUAACAACGCACAAAUUCAUGACGACAGCAGCACGUCUCUAGAUUGCCACAGAGUAUACCGUGUGCAAAAUUGUCCUGCGUUUCACUCUACUGUGCUUACCGAGA